CUUCCCCAUUUUCGAGAAUUCCUGUUUCUAUUUUUACUGACAAUUACCAGCUAUAAUUGGGUUAUUUGCAUAUCAAAUUCCCUUCAUAAAUGGAAUCUUACAGUGUCUUUGGUAUUAUGUUUUAGAAAUAUGCAAACAGAGUGA